GAUUACUCUGUGUGCCAAUAGAUCAGCCAGUCCUCCUAUGGGCAGGAACGAUAAUCGAGCUAAGAUCGAAUUUUGUGUGAGAGAGAAACGCUGUCAAAAUGCCUCUCGGUCGGUUGUUGUUGCGGACUUCUACUGUCAACAAAAUUGUUAGCAGAAAUGCCUAUAGAGCCACCAAACCUGAUGUCUCCAAGCCGAACAUGCUGAGAGUCGGACUGGCAUUUGGAAGCACAGUUUUCUUAUGGGCACUGCUGUUCAAACAACACAGCAAUGAUGUGCAGGAGUACAAAAGAAGGAACGGGUUAGAGUAAUUCAUAAAGGCCAAGCCACUGAUUGCUCUGUGCUUUGUGGAUCGUCUGAUUUUCCUGCUUCUGUGUUUCCCUGCUAUUGAACGAUGUACUAAAAUGUUUAAUAAAGAUGUGUAUAUAUGACUUGCUUCACUUUCACUGACUCUUUCGAACAUAUCUACUUGAACUCUUUGAAAACCGGCAUUACCACUUGUUUCUAUGAGACUAAUUGAUUGUAUAAUGUCUCAAUGCAAAUGAUGUGAUCAAAUUUGGCAAGUUGAUAAUUAGAGUAAGUCCUUUCCAUCUUUGUCUUGACAAGAGACCAAAAUAAAAACGUUUUAUUUUUA